AGAUUUGUAAAAAAAAAAACACAACCACACACGCACGGGCUCACCUCCUCUCCCUCUCGCCCAUGAAGUCGCCGCCGCCGCCGCCGCCCACGCCGGCCGCUUUCGGCGAGCUCCAGCGCCGCACAGCACGCCCCCGAGCCCCCCCAAGCUCCGCGCCUCCCUCCCCUCCGUCCAGAUUCUCCGCUCCCGGCCUCUACUGCCCGCUCGCAACCACACCCCCGUGGCUAGGGUUUCGGGCAGUGCUUCGCCGGCCCGUCUCCGGCGGCCCCAGAUGCAGAUGGAGCACGCCAUGGGAUUUCCCCAUCCACCACGCUCGCUGCCGUCAAGGGCAGGAAGGAACCCUAGCCAGCAGCACCUCCUCACCUCGGAUGAUGCCUCUGCUGCACCAAGAUAGGUUAUUUGGUUCAUCGUCGCGCCUCAAGUUUCCAACAGCGCCGUGGCUGUACACCGUCGACUUCGCCGGAAAUCCUUCUGCACAUACUCUACUGUCCGCCGAAACUUUGUCUGACCUGAGUUAUUUGGCUCAUCUUCACGCCUCAAGUUUCCGACAGCGCCGUGGCUGUACACCGCCGACUUCGCCGGAAAUCUGUCUGCACAUACUCUACUAUCCGCCGAAACUUCGUCUGACCUGAGCUGAUGGGGAUGAGAUGUGACCCCGCUGCUGGGCGUCGCAAAUGCCACUGCUCCAAUGUGUGCCCCAGCUUCGGUGAUGUACGGGCGAGGCAACACGAUUUGGAGCAGUGACCCUCUUUCCAAGAAAUCAAGUUUUUUCGUUCAGAUUUUAGAGCUCGAGUUUCAGCUUAGUUCAAGGAUAGAAAAGCAUAGUCCUUAUGGAUUCAACAAGGAAGACCAUUAGCCGCCACCUUUUCAGAAUUGGAUGGUGUGGUGCACCUUCAUCCUGCUGUCCAAUUCCUUAGCUUAUUUGCUUUAACUGUACUACAGUUAUAUAGCAGGAUAAGGAUCCAAUCUUGUGAUGCCUCUCCAUUUGCACCAUCGUCAAAAGUUGCACAUGAGUUGAUUCAGACUUUCAGAAUUCAUAGAACACCUAGAGUUAAUCGGCCUGAAGGUAUAUCAUAUCCUAAGGGAAGGGGACCCGGUUCAGAUUUGUCACUACUAUGUGCUGUUGGAUAGCCAUGGUAUGUAUUAGUUUUGUUUUACCACAGUUUGAUUCUUGGGAGUUGGGAUAUCAGGUGUAUACAUUACUUUUCUUAUGAAUUUGUUCUCUUUUAGUGCACUAUCUAUCUAUCUAAUCUAUCUAUCGAACUUUGCAAAGAAAUAGAUGGCGACGGCUCAGCGGCGUCGUGGUGAAUGGCGAAGCUUCUCAAAUGGACGGAAGAGAGGUGGUGACGCGCGGCUGGGAGACGUACAUAUUUAAUGAAAUACGAUUCAUAAGGUUUCAUAUUAACAAAAAAUGAUGGUCUUUGUAGAGUAAUAUGAACAUUUUGUUGAUUCCAGGACAACUUUAUUCUCCAAUACGAAUCUGUAAGAAAAGAUAUGACAUACAUUUGUGCAAAUUGAUAAUGUAAGCUCAUCUCGAAACUUUAUUCUUU